UCGGGCUUGGAAAGGCACGUCUGUGGGUGUGAGACGGAGCCACAGCAUUUGAUUGGAGGUACUCCAUGACACACACUCGGAGGAAGUCCCUUCCCAUGCUGAGUUCAGGCCCCAUUGGCCACCGGGAGCCCCUGCAAAUGGAAGGCAGCAAUAUGGAGCAGGGGGCGGAGGGUGUGGAGCCAGGCAUGCCUGAGAGCCCAGGGAAUCUCACAGGGCGCCGCAAGAACUACCCACUGCGUAAGCGCCCCUUGGUUCCUGAGAAGCCCAAGGCCUGCAAAGUGCUCCUGACCCGCCUGGAGAAUGUGGCCGAUCCACGGAGUGCAGAUGAGGCUGAUGAGCUGCCUCCUGACCUACCCAAGCCCCCCAGCCCGGACCCAUCCAGUGAGGACACUGGCCUUGCCCAACCCCGCAAGCGGCGCCUGGCCUCCCUCAAUGCCGAGGCCCUCAAUAACCUGCUGCUGGAGCGGGAGGACACCAGCAGCCUGGCAAGCAGCCGCCGCAGUCGUGGGGGAGACCCCCACCAUAGCCGGGACCGUGACAGGGCCGCUGGAGGCUGGUCUUCCUCUAAGAAGCGGCCCCGGCUGGGGGACCUCAGUGGAGGAAGUCGGGAUCUGUCCCCAGAGCCAGCACCAGAUGAAGGUGCCCGCCGAGAUGGUGACCCAGCUCCCAAGAGACUGGCCAGCCUGAAUGCAGCUGCCUUCCUAAAGCUGAGCCAGGAGCGGGAGCUACCCCUGCGGCCACCUCGUGCCCACCCAGAAGCAGACAGGCGCUCCACUGAUCCACCAGCACUGAAGGCCCUGAGGCCAAAGUUGGCCAAAGUCAAUGGCAAAAACUAUCCCAAGGCCCAGCAGGGGGCUGGCUCUGGGGAGGCUGCAAGCCCACCCAGCUGGCAAGGGUGCCCUGAGGAGCCAUGGCUAUCUGCAACCCCUCGUGGGCCAUCUAGCCAGCUACCUUACCAGCCCCUGAGCAAGGCUCUGGAGAGCCCGUUAGGGCUGCGCCCCCACCUGCCUCUGUUGAUGGGUGGGCAGGCAGCCCUGAAGCCAGAGCCUGGGCGCCCAGGAGAGGAGUCACCUGCCCCCAAGCAGGAACUGCACCAGCCCUCUUUCCCUACAACUCAGCUGUCCCUCCUGCCGAUGCCUGGCAACCCCGCCGACUACAGUGGGCUGUGUGGUCGGCCUGAGCUCACUGCGCUAGGCAGCUUCUAUCUGUAUUGCAGCCAAGAUGGGCUGCAGUGUGGGGGCUACUCUCCCUGUCCCAUGCUCCCCGAGAGCAAGCUGUCCCCAGUGGCUGCACCUACCGAGGGGUUUCUCUUGGCCCCAAGCUCAGUGCCUGCCAGUACCCCUUUCCUGCACCCUCCCUGGGGCUCUCACUACUGCUCCAGCGAAGACGCUGAAGUGAAUGGCUAUAGCAUCUGUGAAAUGUUGCCCUCUUCUCUUACCCACAUUGGCACUACCUGUGGCGGCUAUUCCUACAAAAUGCCUUUUGCAGCAGAAGGCUGCAGGUCCCUGGGCCAGCUGGAAUUUCCUCUCCCAGAAGCUGGCCACCCAGCCUCACCUGCCCACCCCCUCCUGGGAUGCCCUGUUCCCAGUGUGCCACCUGCAGCAGAGCCUGUCCCUCACCUUCAGACACCCACCUCAGAGCCCCAGACAGUAGCCCGUGCAUGCCCUCAGAGCGCCAAGCCUCCUAGUGGAUCCAAGUCAGGUCUGCGUACAGGCUCCAGCUGUAGGCACACUGUGAGGAGCAAGGCUGCCCGCAGGCCCAGCCACCCCAAACAACCACGUGUCCAGCGCCCACGCCCACGCCGCCGCCGCCGCCGCCGUACUAAUGGCUGGGUACCUGUUGGGGCUGCCUGUGAGAAGGCCGUCUAUGUCUUGGAUGAACCGGAACCAGCCAUUCGAAAGAGCUACCAAGCGGUGGAGAGGCAUGGAGAGACCAUUCGAGUCCGGGACACAGUCCUUCUCAAGUCAGGCCCACGAAAGACAUCUACACCUUAUGUGGCUAAGAUUUCUGCCCUGUGGGAAAACCCUGAAUCAGGUGAGCUGAUGAUGAGCCUCCUAUGGUAUUACAGACCAGAGCACUUACAGGGAGGCCGCAGUCCCAGCAUGCACGAGCCUUUGCAGAAUGAAGUCUUUGCAUCGAGGCAUCAGGACCAGAACAGUGUGGCCUGCAUCGAGGAGAAGUGCUAUGUGCUGACCUUUGCGGAGUACUGCAGAUUCUGUGCCAUGGCCAAGCGCCGAGGCGAGGGCCUUCCCAGCCGAAAGACAGCACUGGUGCCCCCCUCUGCGGACUACUCCACCCCGCCACACCGCACUGUGCCCGAGGACACGGACCCUGAGCUGGUGUUUCUUUGCCGCCACGUCUAUGACUUCCGCCAUGGCCGCAUCCUCAAAAACCCCCAGUAGCCUCCUCCUGCCCACAUUGGGGCUGCCCAUGGGCAAGUGGGGCUCAGGGCAGGGGGGGCACUGCUUGAAGCACAGCACUUGGUUAAGGGGCCACAGGGGCCUGAGGUUGCUGGCCUGUGGUUCUUUUGGGGGGAGGGCAGGGGCCCCUCUGGGUUCCGGGUCUUAAGGGAGGGAAGGGGGAGGCCAGGGUAUAAGAAAGCAGCGGAGCCCUCAGCUUGGCCCAAGGUACUCUGUGGUCCCUGGACAGAGACUCCUGAAGGAGCAGUCUUCCCUGAGGCUGGGCCAAGCCCGAGGGGCAUGGGGCUCGGGGGAGAAGGGAGGUACUUCAGGAACAGGCCCCACAGGCCCUUCUUUAUCCUCCUCUGGGCCCUUCAAGGGAGAGUGGGAGCCAGCUUUACCUCACCCACUGUGACCCGCUGCUUCCCCAUCGGCCUGGGACCAGCCUCUUUCGGAUUCUAGCGCAGCUUCCAGCUCGUUAAAGCCUUUGAGGCAUAGAGAACCAGAGUCUGGCUUCCAGAGCAUCGAUUUCCUCUUCCUGGAUUCAGGGCCUUUCCCUGGCUUUCCUCCUUUGCCCCUGCAGUCGCCCCUGGUGCUGGGACAAGUUACCUGGCCCUCAGAGUCAUGGAUGUCAGCUUCCUGUUUGCCUCCUGGUGAGGGGUGCUACCCAGCAGGUCUGGCUUCCCUGAAGUUAACUGAUCAACAUGGGGUAGUCAUGCCUGGGAGGGCAAAAGGGAGCUGGGAGGUGGCAGGGGGCAGGGGACAAGGAAAAUUGCUACCUGAUUUAUUGAAGACUUUUCCUCUUGCCUUACACUUAGAGGUUCUAGGAAACCUCUUGCAGAACUUCACACAUGACUCUUCAAGCCACACCCACCUGAAAUCAAACCUGCCUUUAUUAUAGUAUGUUGUCACAAGUCCAUUUGUAUUGUCCCACAGCAUAGCAGAUCCAGCCCCAGGGACAGCCCCAUAAGGUGGCAAGCAGGGCUGGGACUCCAGAAUCUUUGAUAAGGCAUGAGGUGGAACUGGGCUGAGAGGUGGUCUUGGGCCCAGGCAGGCUGUUUUAGCUCUAGCAGCCCACAGUCUAGGUGAGACCCAGGAUGGCCUGGAGCUCCUGAGCUUUGUCGCCAGGCAGUGAGCCCAGUGCUGAAUGGAAGCUGUUGGUGUGCUUUUCAGCCAAGAAUGUCAGGAGCAGCAGCAGUGCAGCCUUGGUGUCCAGUGGCAUCUUGUCAGCCUGAAUGAGGCUGUAGGUACACAGGAGUUCAGGAGCCACAUCUACAACCUGGUCAGGGCUGCUCUGGUACAAGAAGUUGAGAUGCCCUAUGGUGACCCACUCCUCCAGUAGCAGGGCAUGCAGCAGGGCAGCCAGCACCUGGGGCUCUGGCUUCCUUGUGGGACUGGCCAUCAGGCAGGUGAGUGCCCCACAGAUGUCAUCAUGAACACGAUCAUGACACUCCAAUGCCAGGAGGGUCAACAGGAGCCCCACCAGCUUGGAGAAGUAUUCCUGGCAGGGCAGCCCAAAGAUGGCAUAGCUCCACAUUUCAGGGGCGUUCAGCAGCAUGGGAAGCAGGUGGGACACAAACAAGCACCCAGUCCCUGAAUGGACUCCACCAACUUCCCCACAGCAAAGGACUUCUCUGCCCCUGUGCAGCCCUGUUUCAUCUCAGAGCAAUAAUGUCAAGAACCCAGUGAAGAAGGGGGCAAAAGCGUCUUUCCCCGGCCACAGCUGCCAGGGCAGGAAUGGCCUCACCAGCGUCCUCUAGUCCUCUAUAGUGACCGCAUCAUUUUCAGCCUGGUCUUCAUCUUCUUCCUCCACAGUGUCCUGAGGCUGUCUUCCUCUGCUGCAUGGCCUUGAGCAUGUUGCAGAGCUCAGCGAGGCACCCUGGGGCCUACAGUGUGAGGGUCCCACAACUGUGCAGCAUCCGUCAGGGCCUUCAGCAUGGCCAUCACCACUUGGCACUCCUUGUGGUAUGCUGCCUGCAUGUAGGACGGUACCACCUGGGCCAGGUGGCCUGCAGAGCAGCAGUGUUGGGUUCUGGGGGGCAGCUUUGACAGGCCUUGUGCAGCACACAAUAGAACUGACCCAAAGCCUCAUGGGCUGUCUUGCACACACUCAAGUGAGGGCACUUCAGAGCUUUGAAUACUUCAGAGACUCUCCAUGUAGGGAAGGAAGGCCACACUGGUGUUCCCCUGCCCUGUCACCCCUCACCCUAGUCUUUUGUAGAUUGCACUAAUUUACAUCCCAGCGAGAAACAACACUGUAUCAGUCCACAGACCUGCUGAGCUGCAGCCACUCACUCUAGGAACUAAGGACUGCAUUUUGUUCUUGUUGCCCAGGGGCCCUUUUCUCACGUUGCUCCCCAGAGUAGAUUAGGAGACUCAGCCCCCUGUUGUCCUUUCCAGGACUAGGCCCUGGCCCUGAGGCUCUCUGUGAGGGGCUGGAGCAGCCUGGUUCUUUCCUAUUUGUACCAAAGAGGAGCAUGGUGGGGAGAGGGAGAAGAGCCCUGUGUGGCUUGGGACUGAUGCUGGGAAACUGCGUAUGAGCACAUCCCUGGGGGCAGGGGCAGACCAGGGCCCCACAGGCUGAGGAGGUGGCACUGGGUGAGGUCAUGCAGAGUCUGGAGAGGGAGAUGGAAGUGAAUCCUGAGGGUACCCCCAGCAACCCUGGCUUUGUUCUGUUCUGAGAAAACAGCUGCUCCUGCUUAGUCAUUGAGGUGGUGGAAGCUUGGAGGCUUCAGAGGUUAAUUUACAUGGGGAAAGCCCAAUCCCAAACCUAAAGAGAAGGAACUCUGGUUCCUUUGGGAAAAGCUGUUUAGAGGAAAGCAUUGGUUUAGGAGCCCUGUGCAGUAGGAGAGGUUGGCCGAGUAGGGGCUCUGAAGAGCCAGUCACAGAGCCUGCUGAUUCCCACGGUACUGAGCCCUUGACAUCUAGGAACCUAGCCCCACCCAGCAGGAGAAAUUUAAGACCCCUCCUCCCAGGGUCUGCUGCCCAGAACUUAAAUGCUUUUGAAAUCUCUUAGAUGUGGAAAUAUUUUUUCGAACCUAAAAAUGCAGCUGGUAGAAUUUCAAUGGAAGCAUAAUUCAUGUAAAAUAUAUUUUAGUUGAUAAUUUUGUAAAAUGCACUUUUUGUGUGUGUCGACCCUGGUUUCUCAAAUCUGUAUUUCAGUGUUUACAAGGGAGGGAGGACCUUUCCUCACCUCCCUUUUAAGAGAAAUUAGAAGUACUUCUUUAAGAAAAAAAAUAAAUUUGAGAAAUUGUAUUGAUUUAGAAAAGGAUCGUU